AUGCUUUACAAUAUUCUUACCAUCGCUACCCUCUUCUCCUUAGUAUCAGCGACCCCAGUCCCAGAACAAAUGGGCGACCUACCACCGUUACCGAAAGGUCCCACGGACCUACCACCUUUAGGACGUGAUUAUUUCUGGAAAGUGACGAAUUGGCAAGCAGAAUGCCUUCCAGACUCCAAAUGUUCAUACAGUGCGAAUCCCCAGAGCCAAAGGAAAAGUCGGAUUCUUCAGUAAGGUGCAGACUAACACAACCAGGCUUUGACAUCUCCGGCGUCGAAACACAAAGGGGGACAAACCCAACAGUACCCCCUUUCAACGCGUUUUGCGAGGCCGCAACUCGUCAAGGCGGUCCCUACGCCCCCUGUACGGUUACCGAUCAGCCAAAGUAUGAGGGCCAGCGAAAUGUCUCGGCGAGUUUGUUGAGGCAGGAGAGUAUUAAGGAUGUGCUUGGUGUUGAGCGGCUUGCAGUUCAGGCUAGCUACCAAUUUGAGGGUUUGGCGGAUGCGUAUGUACUCCCUUUAACUCUUGAUAUGUGUGUGUGUGAGUGUGCGUGUGUGGAUGAAAGUUGCUAAUUGAUUUUUGGGCUUGUCUAGACGCCAGUCUUGGAAUUAUACUGGGAAUGCGACGGCGGGGUUUGAGGAGAGGGAGUUUGAUAUCUUGACGAAUCUUUUUCACUUGGGUCCGAAAUUGAACCCGUAG